GGCACCGUGACGUCUUCCAACGCACUGCAGCUGAACAUAGUAGGGUAAAGUUGGUUGGCCAUAAUAUCGAGAAAGUUAAUAUGAAUGAAAUAUCUUUCCACGCCCCCGUGUGUAUAACGAAACAUGUCAUCAUCCAGACGGUGACCCGUCCGGGAAAGAAGUGCCCAGGUCCGCAAACCGUAUCAGUCUCUAGUGAGCGCGUUUCCCGGUCCCCUUCCCCUGACGAAGCUUCCCAGAUGGAGGUUGAGCUUUCAGUUCCUAUCAUGACGGAAAGAGCACCAGGUGGCUCCUUCCCUUGCAGAGCUCUCACCCAGGCUCGCCAUUUCUGCCUGCAGCCAGCCUGGGAUGGUCUCUAACAUGCCGAAUGUUCUCGUUCUCAAGCCUUUCCUACAAUCUGGUUCGAAUCCUAAGACUUUUUGGCAACUGGACGUGCAUUUCCCUUCUACAGGUUCCUGACGCUAUAGCUUGUCCCUUUACUCCGUCCAUCCUUCAUCAACAUGGCCUCAUCCAGCAGAGAUCAAGGUCAGCAGAUCUUCCCUCCUCCGAGCGGUGGAAGGGGCUCAGAGAUAAUCGGGAGCCACUACAACUCCGAGACGCAAUCAAACAUCCCGAUCCCGCCGUCGAACUCCGGAAACCAACCUCCCCCAACCACGGGGAAUGCCCCGCCAGCCCCCUCCACACCCAAGCCGCCUCCCGCAGACCAGCCCAAGCCGCUGGGAGCCUCCUUCCAGCGCCGCUUCCUGACGCCCACUGAAUGGGCUCGCGUGGCGCACGGGAUCGGCGCCAUCCGCGAGGGCGAGCAGCACCAGGUGGUGCACCCGACCUGCUGGUACUGGCCUCCGAGGGGGCUCCCGGAUGGGCUGUACCGGGACAUCGUCACGCACCGCUUCAAGUACUCGGUCGGCUUCCAGCUGCUCAACUCGCUGCACUGGUCGAUGCUGGUGCUGCAGGUCACGCUCGGCGCCAUCCUCACGGCCCUCGGCUCGCUGCCGCAGCGCGAGGCAGCGCCCAUCACCGCGCUGGCGGCGGUCAACACGGUUAGUGCCGGAUUGCUCGGCCUGCUGCACAACAGUGGGCUGCCGGACCGGUACCGCAUGGACAAGGCCGAAUUUAUCCAGGUCGAGGACUUUGUCAAGGAGGUUCUGGACACGGGCAUCGUCGACGCAGGCCAGACCGUGGAGGACGUCCUCAACGAUUGCUACGCCCGGUUCCAGUACGCCAAGUCGGUCGUGCUGUCGAACAAGCCCGAGGUAUACGCCAGCUCUGCGGGCAAUGCCAACGGGAAUGGCAAGACCAUCAUCUGCCCGGAGCCCGCAGCGCAUUUCGUUCGCCUUACCUAGGUCCGGACAUAAGGGGCGAAGACGAGAACGCCUUUAUCACCCCGGUCCAGAAUAGGGGACGGGGGGCGAUAUGGAGUCAGACGCAUUCUUAAGCAUGCUGAUGACAUCUUUAAUGGAGUUGGGCUCUGUAGCGACUUAUCAGGAUCUGGGGAGGACUAGAGAUUUUAGAGGUGGCCGCACUAUGAUGACUUAUAAGAAGCAGGUGGACUAACUACUUAGCUAGAUAGAUUAGAGGAUGAGCUGCGGGAGCUACGAACCAGGGCCACUUCUACUACUAGAGGCGCUGAAUUACCAAUGUCGUAGAAGUGAUUGCGUGUGUCUAGCUCAUAGGGACCUUGCCCUCCGACUUUCGAGCCGUAUUGAGCCCUACAGCAGAAUCCCAGAUGCUGGCAUCUGCCUCCCAUGAUUGCACUCCCAGUGCUUGUAAAGCAGAACCCUGGGAAACAGUAAGUCAAGUUGCUAAAUA